AUGGCGCGCUGGCUGCUGACCGUGUCCACCGUGUCGGCACUCCUGGCGCUGGGAUCCGACGUGGUCACGGAGCUGCCAGGGGCCGGCAAGUUGAGGAACAGGCACUUCGCGGGCUAUGCAGAGGUCAAUGCAACCACCGACAGGCAGAUGUUCUACUGGUUUGUGGAAGCUGCUGCUGGAAAUGUGCCGGACGUGACGCCCACCCUGAUUUGGAUGAACGGCGGUCCCGGUGCCUCCAGCAUCAUGGGUCUCCUAGUGGAAAACAUCGGGCCGCUGACAAUGAGCCCCACUGAUGGCACGCUGAAAGAGAAUCCCCAUGCCUGGUCCAACGACUACAACUUGAUGAUCAUCGACAAUCCCGUGGGAUCCGGUUACAGUUACACUGGGAAGAAGAGCUAUGUCUCGUCUGAGAAAGAGAUGCGGGAGGAUUUUUACGCUGCACUGAAGGCGUUCUUCAGCAUGCAUCCUGAAUACAAGAGGAACCCGCUGUGGGUCACAGGCGAAAGUUACGGUGGAAAGUACGUGCCAAAUGUGGCCUAUGAGAUCCAGCUUCGAAAAGAACUGAAUUUGAAGGGAGUCAUCAUUGGAAACGGUGUCUACAGUGGGAAGAUCCAGAAUCCAACCGUUCCGGACUUUGCCUACAGCCACGGGCUCAUCGACGAGCACUUCUACAAAGUGUAUCAAGAUAAGGCUGCACACUGCGUCUCCCUCAUCGAGGCUGGGCAGCUGAAGGAAGCCGAACAGUACUGCGAAGACUCGGUGCGGGCGCUCUAUGCGAGCAAUGAGACGGCUGGGGGUGUCUUCUACUACGAUGUCGGCUUGUCAGACGCGGGUUUCCUCGACGUAGUCACCAACAAGCUGUCCGACUACCUCAACAGCGAAGCUACCCGAGCGGCUCUGCAUGUGGGCAACAGGACAACCUGGACCCAAGCGGACGAGACGGGGCCAGUAGCAGAGGCUCUACUGGAUGAUUUCGAGACGGAACAAGGUAUGCGAGCCAUUGAGGCGUUGCUGGAGAAAGGCUUUCAGGUGGUCAGCUACAACGGUGUCAGGGAUGGUUCCGUGUGCAACCAUAUUGGCAACUUGUUGUCCCUGAAAGCGCUGGAGUGGCACGGCCAAGCGCAGUUCGUGAACGCAUCGACUGAGCCAUGGCGUCCUUUGGGGAAACUGGCAGGUUACAAGCGUUCAGCGAAGUCGUUGACGUACUACACGCUCUUGAACACUGGGCAUUUGGUUCCUAUGAUUGUUCCAGAUGUGAUGUUGACGCUGGUGAAAAAGACGGUUGGCUCUGGGGAGCCAUCCCAGCUGGUGAUAUGUCCCAGCUUGCGAAGUCCAGAAAUCUGCUGCGAAUGGCAGCCCUUUUGCACACUUUUGGACGUCCCAUGGUGGCACGGGACCGAAGGUCAUUCCUCUGGUGAGCUCAGAGAAAAAAGCACUGCCGUGUCCAAAAAUUUCAUCGCGCUGAUGAACGAGAUGGCACAUCACACGCUGAAAGAUCGGCGUGGCGAAGACGUGAAGUUUGACGACCAGCCCGAGGUGCCGCAACACGAAGACAUCGUUCUGCGCUUAUGGCGACGCUUGCCAGAGACGCCGCUCCCGAACCUCUACUGGGUCGGUGGCAUUUUUACUGCGUUCUGGGCGUAUCGCAUGUGGGGCAGCUUCAAUCGUUUGAUGGUGAUACGGUAUGCAGACAUCAACUACCAGUUGAGACGACCAGAUGUCUUGGCCAACAAGGUUGUCGCGCUGAAAUACCUGGCGUUGCCACUGACCCUGGUGCCUCUGCUGAUGCUCGGUGGCGUGGCGUUUUCGGCCUGGUGGUGCAGCUCUGAGGUUUGGAAGGCUUCUGCCAUUUGGGGCUGGUGGCUCGAGCAGCUUAGAGGUUUUAUCCUCAUGCUGGAAGAUGACCAUGGGGCGACCAUGAGACUCCAGCAAUCAAUGCGCUUCGCCCGGCCAUGGCGGCUGGGUCUGGCCCUGGUGGCAGCUGAGCCGUGCCAGGAUCGACUAGGUGAUGAUCCGGUGGUGCAGUUCACAGCAGAGGCCUGUAGCUGUUGCUACGAUCUGGAUAAGUUUAUCCAGGACAACGACUACGUCUAUGCGCUCUUCUACUCCGCCAAGGGUCGGCUCAACAUCGACAUCCGCGCGAAGUUCGAGCAGCUGGCACGGGAGUGGAAGUGGUCGCGAAUCCAUUUUGGCCGUAUCGACGUCGAUAAGGACCGCGACAUGUCGAAGAGGUGGGUGGAAUCCAACAUGGUGCCCACGAAUGUGAUGUACAAAUUUGGUCGACCGGUGGAAGUUAAGCCGAAGGACUUUGAAGUCAUUCGUGACAAGUACCAAGGGAAUCCAGAUGGACAGAAGUGGAUGCUCACCAAGUAUAUGGGCGAAGAUGCCCAAGGAUCCAACCUUCACUAUGCCACAGUGCUGCCAAGCAUGAAGAAACACAGCAAGUUUUUGAAGAACAACCAGGUUGCCAUCAUCGGGUACUUCAAAAAGGAGGGAGACCGAGAGCACAAAGUGUACCUGGAAGCGAUUUGGAAGCUUUUCCAACAUGUCGACAAAGAUGACAUAGGGGCUGGCAUCGGCAGCGUCUUCGCGCAAAGCGUCCUGAAACAGGUGUCAACGAAGCCUCCCAGCAUAGUGCUGUACUUAGACGGGAAGGUGAUGCCUCUGGAUGGCUACAAGGCCAUGGUAGAGCGAUGGACAGUCCAAGCAGUGGUUGAUUUCAUUAAGCAGUACAACGUCCUCAGCUUCAUCGAAAGCGAGCACGUGUCGGGCGAGUUGUGAGGGGCUGCCAUCGACCUGGCGUCGAAAGAACUUUAGCGCGGACAUGGUGCUGUGGAACUCAAC